GAAACCGGUUUAUGUAAAUGAGUGGUGUUGGUGCCAUUUUAAUGCUUGACUCUGAGCAGAGCGGAGCUUCAUUCACUGUGUGUGUGUGUGUGUGUGUGUGUGUGAGAGAGAGAGAGAGAGAGAGAGAGAGAGAUAGAGAGAGAGAGAGAGGCUGCAGGGAAUAAAAGCCGCGGUUUCUUUAGGUUGCACAGGAUUAUCGCGCAGCGCAGAAGGAGGAGAAUCAUGGACGCGCCUCAACAAAGACGGAAAAGUUGUUUUGAAUGAAUUUGAAGUUGAACAGAAAGUGUAGCAGGAAAUUUCCAAGAUGAGGUGGGAUUGGCUGUUUUGUGUCCUCGCAUGCUUAAAACUCCCGACGUGUUUCGUGCACGGUGCCGUGGUGAACCUCCGCGCAAACGCGGACCCGGGCAGCACCAUCGCACGCGCUGGGCACCGAGGCUCCGCCUGCACUCUACAUCAGGUCAUCGCUCCGAGGUUCGCGCAGACUUUUCUCAAAACGAACCCCUCCGAGGGCACGGUGUCCGUCUCGGGUUCUCUGCCCCGCUGCCGCACUUUACCUGCAAACCCAUUUCCGGUGUACAUGGUGACAGACUGCACGAGCGACGUCCCCGGUUUCAGGCACCUUUUAGUCAGACAAUACCACGUGCGCAUCCACGGGAAGGAGUGCCAGAGCAGACCUGAACCCAGGGAGAGAUGGGACAUGGAGGUUAUAUCUUUGUUGAACCUGCACGACCAGGAGAAUAAAUGUCACGAGCCUGGACGUGCACUCUUUCACUUACAGGAAGUGCUACCUUUACAUCCAGGUUCAGUGUGCAACGUAAGCAGAACUGCUUUUUAUGUUUCUGGGGGUGAACUGUUCGUAUCCCAGCCUCUCUGCUUGAAGCACAGCACACUGGUGGAGUUCGAUCUGCGCUGCCAGGGACAAGCACCAGAAAGAGUAGUUUCCACGCAUUGGCACAUAGGUCAUGGUUCCUUCAGGCAAACUUACCUGGAACGGUUACUAUCUAAAGUGGCGGCUCACAGUGAUUCCGGUUUGCUUAGCAGGAAAAAGAGGAAUGCAAAGACAAACACCAGCCCGCAGUUUCAGCCUCCCAUGUACCAAGUGUCUGUACCGGAAAACAAACCUGCAGGAACGUCUGUGGUCACCCUGAGAGCGACGGAUCCAGACGGAGGAGAAGCAGGACGUCUGGAAUAUUCCAUCGAAGCCCUUUUUGACAGCCGUUCCAACAACCUCUUCAUCGUGGACUCUGUGAGCGGAUUAGUGUCCACCGUCGAGGAGCUGGACCGAGAGACGAAGGACACUCACGUCUUCAGAGUGACGGCCGUGGACCAUGGUUCACCACGACGCACGGCCAUGGCAACUCUGACCGUAACCGUGAGCGACACAAACGACCAUGACCCAGUGUUUGAACAGCAGGACUAUAAAGAGAGAGUGCGGGAAAACCUGGAGAUCGGCUACGAGGUGCUCACUGUACGAGCCACAGACGGAGAUGCGCCGGUGAAUGGCAACAUUCUGUACAACAUCCUAAAUAGCAACGGAUCUAAUGAUGUUUUCGAGAUCGACUCACGUUCUGGAGUGAUUCGAACCCGUGGUCCUGUGGAUCGGGAAACGGUUGAGUCUUUCAUGCUUCUUGUUGAAGCCAACGAUCAAGGUCGUUCGCCUGGGCCUCGAAGCGCAACGGUUUCUGUGCACAUCGUGGUGGAGGACGACAAUGACAACACGCCACAGUUUAGUGAGAAACGCUACACUGUGCAAGUACCAGAAGAUCUAACACCCAAUACUGUGAUCCUGCAAGUGAAUGCAAGUGAUCAGGAUCACGGCAGCAAUGCUGUGGUUCACUUUAGCAUCAUGAGCGGUAACACUAGAGGACAAUUUUAUAUUGAUGCACAAACCGGGAAGUUGGACCUUGUUAGCCAGCUGGACUAUGAGACAAAUAAAGAAUACACUCUGCGAAUCAGGGCUCAGGAUGGUGGUCGUCCACCUUUGUCCAACAUCUCCGGCCUGGUGACGGUGCAGGUUUUGGACGUGAACGACAACGCGCCAAUUUUCGUCAGCACACCCUUUCAGGCAACAGUUCUGGAAAAUGUGCCCCUGGGAUACUCGGUUAUACACAUUCAGGCCGUGGACGCAGACUCUGGAGAUAACUCCAGACUGGAAUACCAGCUCACAGAGAGGACACCAAACUUCCCAUUUGCAAUAAAUAACAGCACUGGAUGGAUUGUAGUAGCAGCAGGUCUAGACCGGGAGAGUGUGGACUUCUACAGCUUUGGUGUGGAGGCUCGUGAUCAUGGCACACCCGUAAUGUCUUCUUCCGCUAGCAUUAGCAUGACCGUCUUGGACGUUAAUGACAACAACCCGGAGUUCACACAAAAAGCUUACUACAUGCGUCUAAAUGAGGAUGCUACCGUAGGAACGAGCGUAGUGACUGUUUCGGCAGUGGAUAGGGACAUCAACAGCGUAAUCACCUAUCAGAUUGCUAGCGGAAACACAAGAAACCGCUUCUCUAUCACCAGCCAGAGCGGAGGCGGACUCAUCACACUCGCACUUCCACUUGAUUAUAAACUGGAGAGGCAGUAUGUUCUGAGCGUAACUGCUUCUGAUGGGACACGUUUUGACACGGCUAAGGUGUACAUAAACGUCACAGAUGCUAACACGCACCGCCCUGUUUUCCAAAGCUCGCAUUACACUGUCAACAUUAACGAGGACCGUCUUGUGGGAACUACCGUCGUGGUGAUCAGUGCCACGGAUGAGGACACGGGCGAGAAUGCACGCAUUACAUACUACAUGGAUGACAGCAUUCCACAGUUUAGCAUCGAUCCGGAUUCGGGUGCCGUGACAACGCAGAUGGAGCUAGACUACGAAGACCAGGUGUCCUACACGCUGGCCAUCACGGCUCGAGACAACGGAAUACCGCAGAAAUCCGAUACCACCUACCUGGAGAUUCUGGUUAAUGAUGUGAAUGAUAACGCGCCCAGAUUCCUGAGGGAUCGUUACCUGGGCUCUGUAAUGGAGGAUGUACCUGUGUAUACAAGCGUAGUCCAGGUUUCAGCUACAGAUCAGGACUCUGGCUUAAAUGGUCGUGUUUUUUACACCUUUCAGGGGGGUGAUGAUGGUGACGGUGACUUUAUUAUCGAGUCUACAUCUGGAAUCGUUCGCACGCUGAGGCGACUGGACCGUGAGAACACUGCCAUCUAUACCUUACAGGCUUUUGCUGUAGAUAAAGGAGUUCCUGCUCUGAGAACUUCAGUAGACAUUCAAGUGAUGAUCUUGGAUGUAAACGACAACCCGCCCGUGUUUGAGAAGGACGAGUUUGACAUCUUUGUUGAGGAAAACAGCCCCAUCGGUCUUGUCGUAGCCCACAUCUCAGCCACAGACCCUGACGAGGGUAGCAAUGCCCAGAUCAUGUACCAGAUCGUUGAGGGGAACAUCCCAGAGGUGUUCCAACUCGACAUUUUUACAGGUGAGCUCGUGGCUCUGAUGGAUUUGGACUACGAGGUUCGAUCUGUAUAUGUCAUUGUGGUCCAGGCCACCUCGGCUCCUCUGGUCAGCCGAGCCAUCGUGCACAUCAGACUCAUUGACAAGAACGACAACCUCCCUGUCCUGAAGAACUUCCAGAUUAUUUUCAACAACUAUGUGACGGAAAAGUCCAGCAGCUUUCCGACAGGGAUGAUCGGAAAAAUUCCAGCCUACGAUCCGGAUGUAUCCGAUCAGCUGAGCUACAGGUUUGAAGCAGGAAAUGAGCUGCACCUGCUGAUCCUGAACCAGACCACCGGAGAGAUACAACUGAGCCGAGAUCUGGACAACAACCGACCACUGGAGGCCUCGAUGAGGAUCGCCGUCUCAGAUGGUGUUCACUCAGUCUCGGCUCAGUGCUUGCUGCAGGUUACCAUUAUCACAGAUGAAAUGCUCUCUAACAGCAUCACGCUCCGAUUGGCUAACACCUCCCAGGAGCGCUUCCUCUCCGUCUUAUUGGCAGAGUUCUUGGAGGGCGUGGCCAGUGUGCUGUCUGCUCGCCGCGAUGAUGUCAUCAUCUUCAAUGUCCAAGACGACACUGACGUCAACGCUGCCAUAUUAAAUGUCAGCCUGUCUGUGUUCCGAUUGGGUGACAGGCUUGUGGGUGGGGCCUCUCACCUGGGAGCAUUGGGGGUGGAGUUUAUAGGUUCAGAAGAGCUCCAGGAGCGUCUUUACCUGAACCGGAGCUUGCUAGCACACAUUUCCUCUCAGCAGGUCCUGCCUUUCGAUGACAACAUCUGCCUGCGUGAGCCGUGUGAGAACUACAUGAAAUGUGUGUCGGUGCUGAAGUUCGACAGCCUUGCGCCAUUCGUCACCUCUGACACCAUCCUGUUUCGCCCCAUUCAGCCAAUCACAGGCCUCCGCUGCCGGUGCCCGCCCGGAUUCACCGGCGAGUUCUGUGAGACCGAGAUAAACCUGUGCUACUCAAACCCAUGUGGGAACAAUGGGGUGUGUCGCUCUCAUGAGGGAGGGUUUACCUGCGAGUGUCUCCAUGACUAUACAGGUGAUCUGUGUGAGGUGUCAUCACGCUCAGGCCGUUGUGUGCCAGGUGUGUGUAAGAACAGGGGUGUUUGUGUGAACCUGUUGGUGGGGGGGUUCAGGUGUGAGUGUCCACCAGGAGCUUAUGAGAAGCCGUACUGUCACAUGAGCACACGCAGCUUCCCCCCAAACUCCUUCAUCACCUUCAAGGGUCUUCGUCAGAGAUUCCACUUCACACUCACUCUCAGCUUUGCCACCAGAGAGCCCAACGGGUUGCUGCUCUACAAUGGCCGCUUUAACGAGAAACAUGACUUCAUCGCCAUGGAGAUUGUUAAUGAGCAAGUUCAACUCACCUUUUCAGCAGGUGAAACAAAGACAACAGUAUCACCCAUCAUCUUGGGGGGAGUGAGUGAUGGAGAGUGGCACUCUGUUCACAUGCACUAUUACAACAAGCCUGUCCUGAACCAGGCUGGUCUCCCACAGGGUCCAUCAGAUCAGAAGGUUGUCGUGGUAACGGUGGAUAACUGUGACACGUCGGUGGCACUUCGUUUUGGUCGCAUCAUCGGGAACUACUCGUGUGCUGCUCAGGGCAGCCAGUCAGGAUCUAAGAAGUCUCUGGACCUCACAGGGCCAUUGUUGCUGGGCGGAGUUCCUCAUCUACCUGAGGAUUUCCCCAUGAAGAGCCGGCAGUUUGUGGGCUGCAUGAAGGACCUGCACAUCAACAGCAGAUACAUCGACAUGAACAGCUACAUCGCUAACAACGGCACUGUACCAGGAUGCUCAGUAAAGAAACAGAUGUGUGUGAGCAGUCCGUGUGUGAACGGCGGUGUGUGUGUGAGUCUGUGGGGUUCUUUUAAGUGCGACUGCCUGCUGGGGUUCGGCGGGAGGAGUUGUGAGAAAGUGAUGCCCAACCCUCAGCGUUUCCAUGGUAACAGCCUGUUGCUGUGGAGAGCGCUGGAUGCUGUGGUGACGGUUCCCUGGCGACUGGAGCUGAUGUUCCGCACUCGACAACUGACAGCUACGAUUUUACACAUCACCACUGAACAUCAGCACAACCUCACUGUUGAGCUGCGAGACAGCAGUGUUUUGAUGUCUCUCUACCAUGGUGAGGACUCGGCUGUGUCUCGUCUUGAGGAGGCGUCUGUUGCUGAUGGUGAGUGGCAUCACCUGCAGAUUGAAGUGCGCACUUCAUCUAGGGAACUUGUGACAGUAGCAACAGCGACACUCACACUCGACCACGGCCUCUACAAGUCCUCAAUGGAGGUGGACAGUGAGAUUCAGGGUGAGACGUUGAAGGUUCUGAGUGUUGGAGGAAUUGCUGCAGGAAACGAAAAAGUUCAUCAUGGAUUCUAUGGAUGUGUACAGGGUGUACGUGUGAGCGAUGCUGUGCUGAGUGUGUUUCAGGCUUACAGGUUAAAUGUGGAAGAUGGCUGCUAUGUGUCUGACCCCUGUGCCUCCAACCCUUGCCCUAGCCACAGUAUCUGCACCAAACACUGGGACUCUUACACCUGCACUUGCCUACCAGGUUACUAUGGUGACAACUGUACUGAUGUGUGCACACUGAACCCCUGCGAACACCAAUCAGCUUGCAGUAAAAAGUCAAGCUCCGCCCACGGCUACACAUGUGACUGCCGCAGUAAUUAUUUUGGACAUUACUGUGAGAAAAAGACUGACCUGCCAUGUCCUCGAGGUUGGUGGGGACAUAAGACAUGUGGUCCAUGUAACUGUCCAACCGACAAGGGCUUUGAUUCAGACUGCAACAAGACCAGCGGAGAGUGUCGCUGCAAGGAUAACCACUUCAGGCCACUGGACAGUGAUGUGUGUUUGCUGUGUGACUGCUACCCCGUGGGCUCGUUCUCGCGUGUGUGUGACAGACAGAGUGGACAGUGUCAGUGUAAACCAGGCGUCAUCGGCCGACAGUGUGACCGCUGUGACAAUCCGUUUGCCGAGGUCUCAGCCAAUGGCUGCGAAGUGAUCUAUGACAGUUGUCCCCUGUCGAUCGAGGGAGGGAUUUGGUGGCCAAGGACAAAGUUUGGUCUCCCAGCAGCGGUGCCAUGUCCUAAAGGCUCCACAGGCACAGCAAUCAGACACUGUGAUGAACACAAAGGCUGGCUGCCUCCCAACCUCUUUAACUGCACUUCCAUCACCUUCACUAAGCUCAAGCCACUUUGGGAGAAGAUAAACAGGAACAUGUCUGUGUUGGACUCAGUUACAGUUCAGCAGGCUGCGUCUCUGCUCUACAACGCCACGACACACACACACUCAUACUACGGCAGUGAUGUUCAGAUGGCCUACCACCUCACACACACACUGCUGCAGCACGAGAGCAACACACACGGUUUCAACCUGGCUGCUACGCAGGAUGUUCGCUUCAACGAGCACCUGAUGCGUGUGUGUAGUGUGAUCCUGGCCUCAGACACUCGUCCUCACUGGGAGCAGAUCCAGCAGACACAGGGAGGAACAGCAGCGCUGCUGCAGCAGUUUGAGGCAUACACACACACACUCGCUCAGAACAUGAGGAGAACCUACAUGAACCCCUUUACCAUCAUCACACCUAACAUAGUCUUCUCUAUUGAUCGUUUGGAUAAGAUGAAUUUUGACGGUGCUAAACUCCCUCGCUAUCACUCUCUGCGUGGACUCCACCCACAUGACUUUGACACAGCCGUCACACUCCCUGAUUCCAUUUUUAGCCCCACCCCCGAGGGGAAAAGUCACCGACAUCAUGGUCAGCCAAUCACAGAGCUCACUAGGAAUCACUCUGCCAAUCGCAUGAGGCGUCACCCUGAUGAGCGCGAGCAGCAGGCCGUUGCUAGCAUCAUCAUCUUCCACACACUUGCUUCACUACUGCCUGAGAGAUAUGACGGUGACAAGAGGAGUCUGAGGGUUCCUAAGCGUCCAGUCAUUAACACUCCAGUGGUCAGUGUGAUGGUGUUUGAUAACGAGCAGCAUGUACAGCACACGCUGGAGAAACCAGUCACUCUACAGUUCCGCCUGCUCACCACUGAGGAGCGCUCUAAACCCAUCUGUGUGUUCUGGAACCACUCUGUUGGUGUGGGUGGUUGGUCCUCUAAAGGGUGUGAGGUGGUAUUUAGAAACAACACACACAUCAGCUGCCAGUGUUACCAUAUGACCAGUUUUGCGGUGUUGAUGGACAUCUCACACAGAGAAAAUGGUGAGAUCUUGCCAAUGAGGUUGGUGACGAUGUGUACAGUGUUGGUGACUCUGGGCUUCAUCUUCCUCACCAUCAUCUUCCUCACCUGUCUAAGAGAUGUCAACUCCAACCUGAGCAGCAUUGCCAACAAUGGAGCCUCUGCUCUCUUCAUCGCCCAGCUCCUCUUCAUCCUUGGCAUCAACCAGACUGACAACCCGUUUGUGUGUACAAUCAUGGCCAUCCUGCUGCAGUUCUUCUACAUGUGUGUGUUUUCUUGGCUUUUCCUUGAGAGUCUCCAUGUGUACCGCAUGCUGAACGAAGCCAGAGACAUUAACUAUGGCCCCAUGCGCUUCUACUACCUCAUCGGCUGGGGCGUGCCAGCCAUCAUCACUGGUCUGGCAGUGGGAUUGGACCCUGAGGGAUACGGAAACCCAGACUUCUGCUGGCUCUCUCUGUAUGACAUGCUGGUCUGGAGUCUUGCUGGACCAAUUGCUCUGGUUGUGGCUAUGAAUCUGUUCCUGUACAUUCUGGCCUCCAGAACAUCGUGUGCCUUUAAAACACACAGCUGUGAGAAGAAAACACAUCCUGAGUGUGGAUUGCGGAUGGCAUGUGGUGUGUUGUUCUUGGUGACGGUGACAUGUUUACUCUCUCUGCUAUCUGUAAACACUGAUCUCAUUUUGUUUCACUACCUGUUUGCUGCAGUCAACUGUCUACAGGGUCCACUCAUCUUCCUUUUCAGGAUUGUGUUUAGCAAGGAGGUUCGCAGCGCUGUACAGUACUGCUGUGGCAAAAAACGUCCAGAACACACCAUCAAAACCAAACCACCAUCGUACAGCAGUAGUUAUGUAGACGGACGUGUUUACCAUUUGUCCUGUACUGAGUCCAGUGUUUCUCUAAAUGGGACGCUGCAGAGCAUCAAGAGCCAACACAGUUAUGUCCCCUUUAUACUGAGGGAGGAUGGCGGUUUAAAUAACAGCGACGAUGCUCUGAACAAUGAGAACAAAGAUGGUGAAGACCCUGACUCAGACAGUGAUCUGUCAGAGAUGGAAGAUGAUCAGAGUGGCUCGUACGCCUCCACAAACUCAUCAGACAGUGAGGAGGAGGAAGAGCAAUAUACACCAGAGAAGUGGUGGGAAGACCACACACACUCCUGUCAGAGGGAACAGGACUGCGAUUUAAGGGCCUGCACCAAAUCAAAUGCAGAGGCUAUGAAUCCUCCAGAGGAGACAGCUGAAAAUUAUGGGAAAGAGAGCAUGCUGCCUUUACUACACAACACACACACACACACUCACAGAGGUAUUCUGAAGAAGAAGCCCCUUUCUCCAAUCGCUGAGAGAAACGGAUUACAUCGCAUCCAUAACCAACUGUCCAUCAGCCCGUCAGGCUCCGCCUCCUCUAGAGGCCCCUGUGCUUCCAUUGGCUCCUCCCCCAAAACCGAUCAGUCAAAUGGAGCUGCUACGUGUGUGAAGACAGGAGUGCGGAACAGUGAUUCGUCUGGAUCAGAGUGAUUGAUGAUGUAUGACACACAGUAAUGAUGUCAGGACAGUGAUGAUGUCAUCACAACAUGCCGUUUGUUUCAUGACAUCGUUAAGUGCAGCAUGGAGGCAGGGCUGUGAUUAGUUUGUAUGGUGGACCAGCUUCGUUCUGCUCCGUGUGUGUGAUUGAGAUAAUCAGUCAUGUCUCAUAUUCAUGACGUCACAGCUUUGCUUUCUAACAUUCUCCAUUUGUCUCUCGCUUGCCUCCGCCCUUUCAGACAGUCCCACCAAACCUCCAUGUGACCAUCCUGACAGCAUAAGGGGUGUGUCCACUAUUCUUGAAGUCACUCCAACCUGCCUCAGGAACACAGCAGGAAAACUGUAGGCUUUGGACAAUCCCAUGAUCCCCGGUGACAUUUUUGGUACCUGCCUUCUCUCUGUGCCAAACCUCAAUGAUGGUCUCUGGUUUUAUUUCUAUAUGCACUUUUAAAAGGAUCUCCACAAGAAAAAAACGUCAAGACAUCAAACAUGAGGAAGCAUGAAGGCAUUAAGCUGAACAGGAAGUGGGGAAGCGUUCUGGAAUAUCAGAGAAACUCCACUCCCUCUGGGAGAGAUUGAGGCUGACAUCAGAAGGUGUUUUUUACUCCUCACCACUGAGCACGUUUGGAGGAAACUCCCUUUCUGUACACUGAACAUGUGACGAUAAUCAGCUAGACGAUGAACUGUGAUAUUAAUGACAUCGUUAUCGUAAACUACUCACACGGCUCCUGCUCUCAGGUCAGGAUCAGGGCGUGUCAGUAGGAGAGAUUUCUGGGCUCCUGAACCUCCAUCAGUCCUUAUAUUCAACACAAACCCUUCAUUUUCUCACAACAUCCCACAAUCCUGUGCUUUAUUUCCAGCAGCAGCACAGACGAACAUUUUCACACCACGAUAUUGUGAUUGCGUUCACAGUUGUGAGGUCUGUGGUCACAUCUACACGUGUUGGACCUUAUUGUGCCUGGAAUAAUUGUGAUAAACAAUAUCUCUUAUUUUAAUAUCAUUUUAUUCCACUAAUAUCCUGAUUACAUACAAGCCUAAUAAUGCAAGUACUCCCUUUUAAAAAGCAAUAAACUUUAAUUCUCCAGAAUAUACAGCCAGUGGAACUGGAAUAAAUAUAUAAAAUAUAACUAAAAUAAAUGCACUGAAGUAUAGAGUCAUUCACACCUUAACGAAUACUGCUAAUGCUCAGGACCUAAAAGUUAGUUAUAAAUCACAACAAAGUCUGUAUAAAGUCAGCUGAGGUUUUCAGUUACUAAACACAGUUUUACAUCAACCGUCCACAAGAGGGCGCUGUGAGUAAACACAAACCUGCUGUUAACACAGUGCGUUCAUUUGAACCUAAUUUAGCAGCUAUUAAAGCUAUUAUAUUUAAUAUACAUCAUCAGAUUGAACUUGUUCUCUCAGGUCAGAUCCAGUCUCACCUUCACCUUCAGUCUCCACUGUUUUGCUCUGUGUGUGUGUGUGUUUGUGUGCGUAUAAUGUGACUUCUGGAGAGCGGAAGAGAAAGCAGGAGCAACGUGAAAGACGAACACGGACUUUUAUUCUGAUGUCAACAAAGAGGGACGAUGUCGAGCUCGUGUUUAUACACCUGUAGAUCUGUCGACGACCUAAUCACACACACACUUACUUCUGCUCUCCAGCAGUCACAUUCUAUUACAAACUUGCACACACAUUCAUACAAUCUCUCUCUCUCUCACACACACACACACACACACACACACACACACACACACACACACACACACACACACACACACACAGGGAGUAAUGAUACCUUCUCACCAUCCAGCCUUCAUUAAACGACUGAUAAAGGUAAAUAAAUGAACACAACACGAAACCCUUUGAUACACUGAACUUUUUUCUUUAUCUUUUAUACGGAUGUUUUUUUUUUCAGUUUGAAGUUUUUCACUCUGACUUUUGUAGUAAUGAAGGACGCUGUUGAUUAGUUUGUUUUUGUAAAUAUUGUUUGAAACUUUGCAGUGUUAGAAAGAUGUCUGAUGUUGUACAGGUUUGUUGUGUGUGUGUGUGUAAAUAUUGUGUAACUGCAUUAACACACUUCAUUCAUGUGUUCAGUUCACAUGGACUGAUGGAAAAACACUCUUUUUGUAAGUGUUGUACUUUUUAUAAACUGGUGUUUUGUACAGUUCAGAUUUAUAUUGAUUUAUUUUCACUUUUUUUCGUUUUGUGAAUCACACUGUUCAGGUCAUAUAAUAAAUACAGUCUUGUGCUUA